AUGUCCGCUAAAGCAUCCAAGGCCCCAGCCUCCAAGGCUCCAGCUGAAAAGAAGCCAGCUGCUAAGAAGACCGCUUCUUCCGUUGACCCAUCCAAGAAGAGAAACAAGGCCAGAAAGGAGACUUACUCCUCUUACAUCUACAAGGUUUUGAAGCAAACCCAUCCAGACACUGGUAUUUCCCAAAAGUCGAUGUCUAUCUUGAACUCUUUUGUCAACGAUAUCUUCGAGAGAAUUGCUACCGAAUCUUCCAAGUUGGCUGCCUACAACAAGAAGUCUACUAUUUCUGCCAGAGAAAUCCAAACUGCUGUGAGAUUGAUCUUGCCAGGUGAGUUGGCCAAGCAUGCUGUUUCUGAAGGUACCAGAGCUGUGACGAAGUACUCUUCUUCGACACAGGCUUAA